GGGUGUGUGUUAAAUGUUCAUCAACAAAACCGCGUAAGAAAAGGAAGCAAUGCAAACUACAAAAAGCCUGACUAAGGCACGUACUUCUGUCACGCUUAGCAAUAUAACAGGAAAUGCCAAAUCAUCGGUGUCCCCGUAUUUUGGUCCCCCAGAGUGGUGUACAGUUUUAUGUGAAGUAAGAGGGGAGGUGGUAGAAUGGGUAGCUCUAGACUGGAAAUCAAUUUUGUGCGUUUACUUUCCCGUUGCGAAUCACUAGCAGCAGAAAAGCGUGACGAAAGCGAAUGGCGGUUGGAGAAAUACGUGGAUGCUCUGGAGACUAUGUUGGCUACAGUAAAGAAACAUUCAAGUAAGCUCACACCAGAGCUUGUUAACGAAUACACACGGAAAGUUGAGUUUUUGAAAGGGCUUAUCGCAGCUGAACAACUGUCCUCACCUUCGGAGAAGGCUCUUGCCAAUCAGUUUCUGGCUCCAGGAAGAACUGCUACCACAGCUAAGGAAAGAGCCCCAGCAACUAAAACUGUGCACCUGCAGACAAAGGCUCGAUUUACGGACGAGAUGAAGAGUGAGCUUCUCAGUAAAGCUGUAACGUCACAGUCCUUCUCUGAGGAUCCUGAUGAAUUUCAUAUAAGAAAGCGGAAGGGUGUAGGAGAAGAUGAAAAACAGGGUGCUGCAGAACUGGAUGCAGUAUUACAGCAUCAUCAUGACCUUCAAGAGAAGUUAGCUGAUGAAAUGCUGAGCCUUGCUCGCAACCUCAAAAACAACACACUAGCGGUACAGAGUGUUAUUAAGCAAGAUAAUCAGGUCUUGACGCAGUCAUUAAAACUCGCUGACCACAAUCUUGAGAAGUUGAAAACCGAGUCAGAGCGUCUGGAGCAGCACACCAAGAAAUCUGUGAACUGGCUGCUAUGGCUUAUGCUAGUUUUUGUCUGUUUUGUUUUCAUUAGCAUGAUCUUGUUCAUCAGAAUUUUUCCCAAAUUAAGAUGAUUGCAUAUUACACCAUUUGAACACUGCUGAGAAACGGUUUGUGCCAGAAAGGAAUGUGGAUGUCUGUGAAUAGAGAUGGGACUUUGACAGCUUAGCUCUAUUAAUGCAUGCAUCAUUAGGAGGUUUUGGAUGUUAGUGAAUGCAGGUUGUGUGGUGUUGAAUGACUGAUGUUGAAUGACUCUGGAUAUUUUCAUAAAGCUACCGCAAAUCUAGUUGACUUCACUCAUUCAUUCGUGUCCCAAGCCGUGCUUAUUAAUUGAUUUUAAAUUGUAGUUCAUUAACUUCUAUUGCAUUAAGUAUAGAAGCAUGGCAAUUUGUCCUCCAUUUAGGAAGUGAGUGGCAUCAUUGUUGAUGCGCUGCUACAUUUACUAGAUCUAGUUGGCUGUUCCUUCCUACAAAGUUAUUUGGGAGAUAAAAAACUAAGCUGGUUGACCCUGAUUUCAUUUUAAUGCAGAUAUUUACUUCCCUUCAAGGAAUAGGCAAGCUCUUACCAAAAGGUUUGAUUUAAAUGAUGCAGCUGUCCCACUGUUGCUGGUAGAUAUCUAUCGACCAGUCCAAUUUCAUUGUGCUCAUUGUUUGGAAUCACUAUUGUGAUAAACUUUUUGUUUAGUAGACUUGUUUAACUUGCAACACCAGGGUGUAGAACUGCAUGAGGAACAGAGCACCUUUCAUCUUUUGAAAAUGGACUUUUUUUUGAAGGAUUUGGACUUAGUACAAUCUGCUGGUCUUUUAGGUAAUGUGUUGACCACCCUUCUCCCUAGGUCCUCCUCCCUUGAAACCCUGUGAGAUUCCUUCCAGGUUACGGAAUACUUUCUUUCAAGGCAAAUAGGAUCCUAGAAGGUCUUAAGUAAUAUUUGAAGUGAUAAUAUGGGAGAAUUUCUGAGAUACCAGUGUGGUUGCGUGAUCCCUUGUCAUCCUUUGAGCUGUAGCCAUUUUGUCCCUCUCUUUUCUGGACAUCCCCUGUUUUUGUAAGCAUGGCUAUUCUAUGACAUCAGCACCUUGUAUGUACAUUCUUGUAUGUUGUGUGGGGCUUGGAUGUUUGUAUCCUGCCCCGGUCGUCUUUGGAGCUUUCUACUUUUUACACUAUUGGUUGCAUUGAUUUGUUUUUGGCUUCUCCCUCCCACUGAAGGGUGGCAGCCUAUGUCGUUCUACUUUUUCCCUGCCCGGUCUUUAGCAACCCAGGUCUGUCAUUUGCCUGGGUCUUUGGUAUCACUGUUAAUUACCUUUGUGCACUUACUGAAGCUGUGCAGGGACAAGCAUAUAUUGUACAGUUCACCUAGGUAUUUGUCAUUUUAUUGACACGUAGGAAAGCUAAAGUUUUAGUAUACUUUUCGGUGCAGCAAAUUGAUCCUUUGGAUUGUGCUGAGUUAGUAAAGGAGUACAGGAAACUCCAGUAUGUCUUGUAUUGGACUUGUUUUAACAACUUCUUGUAGAGUGGCCUUGUUGGCAGUUAUUAAAUUAUUUACUUGUACAGAAAUGUGAAAGGUUAAUAUAAACUUAAGUGCAUAUAGCCUGCACUGUGGUUCUGUGUGGGGGGGGGGUGGCUGUAAAUCUGUACUGUAGAUGUAAAUGUUUACUCUCCUUUCAUGCUCCUGUUACCAACUUGUCUACCAUCAUUGACUAACACAGUGACAAAGCCUGUUGUAAUCGGUCACAUGAUGUCCCACAUGCACUCUGUAUCGUGUGAAUCUGUGAUGAGUUAAACCAUACUUGAACAGUAUGUUGGAUCCAUGUUGGGAUGCACUUGCCUUAUGUACUGUGAAUCUGUGCCAGGCGACACAGAACUUUUUUAUUGUGUUUGGCUAUACCUUGUUUGCGGUUCUGUGCAGGGAUGGACCACACAUUCACUGGUCUCUCUGAAUCCAUUUUAAGUUCUACCCAGGCAGUUCAGUAAUUUGUUGUACCCCAUGGUUUAUUUGCCCUGUAUGGAUCCAUCAUGGAGCUGUACCACACACAUGUCCUCUACCAUGUGUGAAUGUAUGAUGGUGUUGUAACAGUCAUAUGCUGUGCCCAUCCAUGAUGGGGUACAGCAUAGUCUGUCUGCAUCUUGUACUUAUUCAUACUGAUUUGAAUAGUACUUGGCUUUUCUGUCCUUUGCUGGUCUAUUCUAAGUUGCAUUACACUUUUGCUAUGUACAGUGUACAUUCAUGCCAGGUUUUUUUUUUUUUUUUUACUUGUAAGUUUGGAUCUGUUUUGAGUCAGUACCUGCAUCUUUUGUUAGUGAGAUAAGACCUGAAGGACACAUGAUCUGUUUUAGGGAUGCUUCUAAGCUUUCAUCGUCUCAUUGUGAGUCAGUAUAACUUAGAUUCCUAGCUUUUUAUUCCUUGUUGCAUUAACCCAUAAUUACAUUGGUGCUCAGUCAAAAUGAUGAAUGUUUUAACAAAAAUAUAAAGUUUGUUAUAAAUAAUGCAGUUAUUUAUUGAUAGUGCAUAUCUAGUGAUAGGGUACAAAUCUUUGUUUAUGUGAAUGUAUGGCUAUACAAACUGAUUUAUUGAGUUUUUCAGUUUGGAACCAUGAAGAGAACCAGAGGAUUCUGACACUGCAGUGGUUAUGGCAGUUUGUAGGUGUGUGUGACCGAGCAGCAGUUAGGGAUAAAAAGGAAUGCUAGAAGUCUAGGGAUUGUAAAUUUAAUCAGCGGAUUCAGCUGCUUCAGUCAUUGUUUGCGAAUAGUUCUUGCAGCAGCCUGAAAUAUGACAUUUUCUAUUAUGCAAAUAAACUAAUAUAGCUGACAAAAUGA